UGAAAAACCCUAAACGCUCAUAUAUAAUAUACUCAGAAUCAGACCUAUAGCGCUCACUGUACCUGCAUUUGACUGCCAUCGUCCUACGCAAUGUCUACCAGUGAACUCGCCUGCGCCUACGCCGCCCUGGCUCUUCACGAUGACGGAAUUGCAAUCACUGCGGAAAAGAUUGCAGCGGUAAUAGCAGCGGCGGGGCUCUCUGUGGAAUCUUACUGGCCCAGCCUGUUUGCUAAAUUGGCGGAGAAGAGGAAUAUUGGGGACCUUCUUCUGAAUGUUGGCUGUGGAGGUGGCGCUGCUGCUCCUGUGGCUGUAGCUGCUCCUGCCGUUAGCGCUGCUGCCGCUCCUGCCGUCGAGGAAAAGAAGGAGGAGCCAAAGGAAGAGAGCGACGACGACAUGGGAUUUAGCUUAUUCGAUUAGGAGGCUUUUUAGAUGUAGGAUUGUAUUAGGAAACUAUUGAGUUGGUAGGCCUAAUCUUCUUGAUUUUCCGCUGUUCAUCUGUCUCAAGAUUUGUUUUUUUUUUCUUUACUAUGGGGCGUUUUCAGUUUUAUGAUGGUAAAUGCAUCUUUUCACACUUUUGUUUGACUGACUUCACGUUGCAGAGAGAUUAAACUACUUUAUGAGAGAUCUUUGGUUAAACCCUGGAA